CAGACAGUUGCAGUGCAGGGAGGAGUGUGACAGACAGUUGCAGUGCAGGGAGGAGAGUGACAGACAGGGGCAGUGUUGAGAGCAGAGAGGCCGGUGUUGGUGUCGCUGGGGCGGGAGGGAUGAGGAGGCAACACUCCCAGAUCUGAUUAAAGAGCUUCAGUUCCCUCCCGCCGGGGGACAGGCGCACUCGCACAGCAGCUCCUCAUUGUGGAAGACUCAGCCCCAGAGACGCGCGUUAUACCCGGGCCUUUGCCCUUUUGUUUGAGUCGCAGCGCGGGGAGCGGGUCCGUUUGGAUCGGGGGACACGGAGCGACUUUGUUUCUAUUGGAUCGAGUGAGGCGGAGCUUUGUUAUAUCCCGGGAGCGGAGAGAGGGGGGAAUCCCGGGCUGACUGACGGCUCCGCUGCCCCAGUCUCUCUCUCUCUCUCUGGAACCGACUGUGGAGCCGCCGCUGGGAACAAGUCGGUGCGGCCGAGCCUUUCUCCUGCUGCUGCCGCCAUUUUCCCCUCAGUUUAGCGGUGGAACAGACAUGGCACUGCCGCAGCCUCGCCGCUGGGAGCCUCUGACAACAACAGCCGCCGCCGAUCGCGCCUGGAUCUGAAGCAGCGGGAGCUCCGCCCGGGAAUAUGGGUACGUGUAACCUUCCGCCCGGGAAAAUGGUUUCAGAUACUUAACUCUCUCCCCAACUGGAGUCUGGAAUAGUAAAAGGUCAGAUUAUUUAUAUACGGUUACACUUGGAGACCGGUCUUGCAGUCCACAACAUACACACACUGUAGAGAAGUUUGUAAAUCUGUCAUGGAGCAAAGAGAAAACUUGAGCACCAACCGGACAAGGGGUUGUGAUGCCGAUUCUAAUCCGUCUGCUCCGGCAGGGAAAGCCCCACCAUCGGCUAGUUGUUCUGGAGAUACAAUGAUACCUACUUCUGGGACGGCCAAGGCUGGGCUUGGGAAUGGAGAAUCUAUGGAGCAGGAGGAAGAAGACGAAUUGGGUUCUGGAAGGGAUGUGGAUUCCAACUCAAACGCCGACAGCGAGAAGUGGGUGACGGGAGAUGGUUUGGAAGAGCAGGAGUUUUCAAUCAAAGAGGCAAAUUUUACCGAAGGGAGUCUGAAAAUGAAGAUACAGACCACCAAGAGGGCUAAGAAACCCCCAAAGAACCUGGAGAACUAUAUCUGUCCUCCCGAGAUUAAAAUUACUAUAAAGCAAUCGGGAGACCAGAAAGUCUCCAAGGCCGGGAGGAACAGCAAAGCCACCAAGGAGGACGACCGAGCUCACGCCAGAAAAAAGGCCAAUGUUGUAUGGGAAAAAUUCCCUCUGCAAUCAAAUCACCAGAGAAAAUUGCCUGGGAACACAACAGUGGGACAAGCCUCACAAGUGCAUGAGAAAUCACAGAAGCAUUCUACCGUGCAUUUCGACUCCAGCACCCCUUCAGAUAUCACCAACGACUCCUUAAAACCAAAGCACCAGCAGAAAAGUAACCAGCACCAUCUCGACUGGCUGGCAAAAUCAGACUCUGGGCCAACGACGCAGAGUAGUGUUACUGAUGUUGAGUCUUGCAAAGAAGCAUCUAGUGUCACCAAGACCCAAAGUGCAGAAGCCGUCACUCCAUUUAAAACUCAGUCAAAGAAAUCGAAUGUGGGUAGCAUUUGGAAUCAUUUAUCAAAUGCAAAGGAAAUUGCCAAUGUUAGUACAAUGCCAUCAGCUGCUAACAUCAGCACUGGGUCUUCAACUAGCAAUGUUCUUGAUUGUAAUGGGCUCUCGCCCUCAGGGGACAAGAAAAACAGCCUUGGGGAGGCUCCUGAGCAAUCUGGAAAUGCAAAGAAAAAAGUUGGAAAGAAAGAUUUAAAUCAAACCGUGCAGGUUAAGGAGAGUGAGUGGGGCAAAAAUAACUCAAAAGCAGUCGAACCCAAAAGUCAUGAUAUGGCGGAAAGCAAAAAAGAUCCAAACCCUACAGAUAAUAAAUUACCAGCACCACCACAGCGACAGGAUGUAUCUUCUGGAAACAGUUGUGAAAGUGACUCAAGCCAUGUCAGAUUAACUAUGCCAAUGAAAACUACCACCGCUGAUGCAUCUGCCAACAAAAGGAAGAAGAAACCCCAUGUUAAACCUCCUGGGGAUAAAAAGGUACAGGAAGAUCAGUCUUUAGGACGAAUGAUCAUCAACGAAGCAAGCCACCAAAUGAUUGGUCAGAUGCUGGCAAGCAAGAAAGACAGCAGAGUUCUGAAACAGGGUAAAGUUUUUGGUAGUGAUCUUCCAUCAAAGUUACUUGAGAGUAAUGGUGGAAAAGCUUUAAUGAGUGGCUUGUCUUGUCUCCAGAAGGUAGCCACUUCAUUACCACCUUCCAAAGCCAUUUCAGGAAUGGCAAAAUCAAAAACACCAGAAUUACCGCAUCCAAAACUGGCAUCAAAGAAACGAUGGGCAAACCUCAAGCCAAAAGCCAGUAACAGCAAUGACAACUCUGCCUCGGAAAAAAUUGUGGUUGAACCUCCCUCUGCCUACCCAAUAACACCAUCCAGCCCACUUUAUACCAACACAGAUAGCCUUACAGUAAUUACUCCAACCAAGAAAAAGAGGGGUCGACCAAAGAAACAACCCUUGCUCACUGUAGAAACUAUCCACGAGGGCACAUCAACUAGCCCCGUAAGCCCACUUAACAGAGAGUUUCCUGGUAUCAAGAAGAGAAAAGGGAGGCACAACCUCUCUGAACUGGUUCAGAUAAAUCCAUCCAUGGAAAGAUCAAUCAGCGAAUUAGAAUUUAACAAAAAAGUGAGUAAGCUGGGAAUGCUAGAUAAGAAAACAAUAAAAACCAUUAAUAAGAUGAAAACGCUCAAAAGGAAGAAUAUUUUAAACCAAAUUUUGUCGUGCUCAAACAGCAUUGCAUUGAAAUCAAAAGCCCAGCCCCAAGCAAAUGCAAUAGCAACUGUAGCCACAACUUUAGAUGCUAGAUUAGGCAAGCAGAUCAAUGUUAGCAAGAGGGGAACAAUCUACAUUGGCAAGAAAAGGGGAAGAAAACCCAGAGCAGAGCAGAUACCUCUACAAAAUGAUCACAGAACAGCCAUUAAACAUUCAAGGCCUGUUUCCAGCCAGCCUGAAAACCCAGCAGUGCCUUCAAACUUGCAGUCACUUGUGGCGUCUUCACCAGCAGCUCUUCACUCAAUUACGACACAGCUAAUAGGUUCAAACUGUAAUCUCAGUCCUGCCAACACAGAUACAAUAUUUUCCGAUUUAAAAACUAUGCCAAAUCUUCAGCCAAUCAGUGCUCUUCCAACAAAAACCCAGAAAGGACUACUACAUGGCAGUUCGUGGAAGUUGUCUCCACCAAGAUUAAUGGCUCUGUCUCCUUCUCAUUUAUGUGAGAUAAGCUCCCUCAAAGAGGUCACGCUGUCACCAAUAAGCGAGUCACACAGUGAAGAAACCAUACCGAGUGACAGUGGAAUCGGUACAGAUAAUAAUAGCACUUCAGAUCAAGCCGAGAAAAGCUCUGAAUCCCGCAGAAGGUACUCUUUUGACUUCUGUUCUCUGGACAAUCCAGAGGUUACGCCAUCAGACACCAGCACAAAGAGCAAGCAUGGCCACCGACCGAAACAUCUCAUCGUUGACAACUUUCUCGUCCAUGAAAGUAGUAAAAAACCAAAGCACAAGAGAAAGAGGAAAAGUCUGCAGAACAGGGACAACCUGCAAUUUCUGGCGGACCUUGAGGACCUCAUCAAUAAAUUUCAAGUCUUCAGAAUCUCCCACCGAAGCUAUACGUUCUACCAUGAAAAUCCUUAUCCAAGCAUAUUCAGGAUUAAUUUUGACCAUUAUUACCCUGUGCCAUAUAUACAGUAUGACCCAUUACUUUACCUUCGCAGGACCUCUGACAUGAAAUCGAAGAAAAAGCGUGGUAGACCUGCCAAAACCAAUGACACCAUGACAAAGGUGCCUUUUUUACAAGGGUUCGGAUACCCUAUUCCCAGCGGAAGUUACUAUGCACCAUAUGGAAUGCCUUACACAUCAAUGCCUAUGAUGAACCUUGGUUAUUAUGGUCAGUAUCCAGCUCCGUUGUAUCUGUCCCACACUCUAGGGGCAACUUCUCCAUUUAUGAGGCCCUCUGUACCACCACCUCAAUUUCACACAAGCUCUCAUAUGAAGAUGCCUACUGCUGCCAAGCAUAAAACAAAACAUGGAAUACAUCUUCAACCCUCUGUAGGAAUGGGGCUAGGUGAUAUGCAGUCGUCUUUGGCUACUUCCAAAACAUCUGGAGUUGGUCUUUCAAGUAGCCGACUUCACAAAAGGAAGCACAAGCAUAAGCACAAACAUAAGGAUGAUCGUAUCCUAGGGGGACACAGUGAAUUCGGCAGCCUUUUUUCAGGCAAGGCUGCCAGCUUUUCAAGUCAUAUAGCAAGUGAAAAGCUUAACCCGUCUGGCAAAGACCAUUCCUCCAUAAGUGAGAAAAGCAAGCAUAAAGACAAGCAGAAGCAUCAACAUUUAGAAACUGGACAAAGGGGGUCAAAGAGUAGUUUUGAGGUUGAUACCCUUUCAUCGUUGUCGCUUUCUGAUGCUCAGCAUUGGCCAUCGUCGAAAGAGAAAGCGGACCUAAACGGUGAAUCUGUUGAUAGCUGUCUGAAAAAAUAUGCUGGAAAUAAUGACUUCUGUGCCAGGGGAGACUCUUCCGACCUGUUUCUUGAAAUGAGUUCGGCAAAUGAAAAAAGGGACUGUGAUCUAAGCGGUAAAAGGAGGAGCUUUGAAGGUUUUGGAUCUUAUAGAGAGAGAGACAUUCAGUCAUUUAGGAUCAACAGGAAGGACCGAAAUGCCUUCAAUUCUGCAGCACCAGGUAUAACAAAUGCUCAUCUUAAAGCAGAUCAGAUGUCUCAGCAUAGUAAAAAUGACCUCAAUUCUUCCAACAAUAUGACCAAAAGGAAACCAGCCGCUGAAUCUGUGGCCAUGUUGCCGAGUCCAGUGUUGUCCUUUUUUGCGUCGUCCUCAGAAUCAGCCAGUGCUUCACUUCAAAAAAGGUUCAAGCGUUGCGAGAUCGAGGCGAUCCAGAGCGAGGUGCGGAAGAUGUGCAACUACAAUAAAAUUCUGUCCACCAAAAAAAACAUGGAUCAUGUCAACAAAAUUCUCAAGGCCAAGAGAUUACAAAGACAAUCAAAGACUGGCAAUAACUUUGUAAAGAAGAAGAGGGGGCGUCCUAGGAAGCAGCCCCUCUUGUUCGAUGAAGACUCUCGAGACCAAAUGCCAGUUCUGGAAAAAUGUGUUGACCUUCCCAACAAACGAGGUCAAAAGCCUUCGUUGCACCCUCUGGACUUAGAAGCCGGUCGCCAAGACUUGGUCAUGGAUACUAUUGAAGCGGUGAUACAUAUGGCGAGGGAAGGCCACUCUUCUCGCAUACCGAGAAACGGAAAGAGGAAAAUCAUUGAGGAGGAAGAAAUCAAAGCAAAGAGACACAGAAAGGGCAGAAGAGGGGAGUCAGACUCCACCUGUUAGGAUCACUAUAAACUGAGAUUUAGUAGGUCGGAAUAAGUGAUGCUAAGAGGUACCGAUAAUCAUACUGGUGGGAUUGACUUGGCUCGACCGUCAACUUUGUAAACAGUUGAUAAAUAAAUCUUUUGGCACUAGGCUUUCAGAUUAGUAUGCCACCGUAUAUCACAUGUAACUGCAGUUUUAUCAAUAGUCACAAUGGAUAUUCAGCAAUGUAUUUUCUUGCUUAAAGCUAGGAUGUACCAUGUUAUUUUGCAUUGGAAGACCACCCAGCAUAGGCUAGAUCCAUACUCCUGGGGGAAGGGAGGCGCAAGCAGGGGAGGCCACUCUUAACCAUACACAUUGCGUGGCCCCAGAAGAAGUAGAGGUGUACAAGUGGAUAUCAGGAUUUUCUUUUACUGUACCCCACCGAUUCAUAUCUUAAAGGGAUCCUGUCA